UUGGUUUCAGACGAAAUGUUUCGAAUAUUUCAUCCAAGCUUUGUCUUCAAAGUGAGAGAAUCUCUACAAGUCUUAUUGGGUGCACUUCGUUUAUAUGGAACAGAGUCUCUUGCACUGUCGUUCAACGGUGGAAAAGACGCAACUGUCGUUAUGCACCUUUUGAGAGCGGCAGUAGGCGAACAUUCUCAAGGAAGGGAAGAUUCUUGUUCCCAUAUCAACGCAGUAUAUUUUACAGAUAGUGAUUACUUUGAACAAGUGGAACUUUUUGUGAAAGCCAUGCGGGAAAGAUAUCACCUAAACUUGAUCCUUCAAGAAGGUGGAUUUUUGCAAGGUUUGAAGAUUAUUGUAGAAGAAAGAAAUAUGAAAUCUUUUACAAUGGGAACAAGAAGAAGUGAUCCAGAUGGUAAGCACUUGGAGCACUUUACUCCAUCAUCACAAGGUUGGCCACCGUUUAUGAGAGUGAAUCCCAUUCUUUCUUGGAGUUACGGAGAAGUGUGGAAGUUUCUCUUGUCAUUGAAGUUGCCUUACUGCGAUUUGUAUGACCAGGGAUAUACUUCAAUAGGAAGAGUGAGUGACACUCAACCCAAUCCUCUUCUCCGAAUAGACAAUAGCAGUUUUUGGCCUGCAUAUUAUUUGUCUCAUGAAGAAGAAGAAAGAGCUGGUCGAAAGUUGGAUAAGAGAAGGCUUUCCUUAUCUCGAAGAGGCCCUAUAGAAGAUGGUCCCAGAACUGCAGCUCUUGUAGUUAUUGGGAAUGAAUUACUGAAAGGAACUACACAAGAUAUCAAUGCGCAUAAAGCUUCUAUUGUUCUUCGAGAAAUGGGCAUUGACUUGCGUAGAGUUGUGUUUAUACCUGAUGAAGUUGAAGUAAUUGCUUCCGAAAUUCGUUCAGCGUUUGCUUCUAUGGAUAUUGUUAUUACUUCAGGGGGGAUUGGACCAACUCACGAUGAUGUUACCUUUCAAGCAAUGGCUCACGCUUUUUCAGUACCAUUAGAAAGAUGUGAGGAACUCGAAGAAGUUUUGAUUCGCACUUUAGGGAGUUCUUUUUCAUCUUCUUGUUACAAUAUGACAAAAAUUCCUCAGGGUGCUGAGUUGUUAUAUGAAAGAAGCUGUUGUGACUGUGCAGAAGAAUCCCAGUUUCCAAUCGUAAAGCUUUAUAGUGUCUAUAAUUUACCGGGAAUUCCACAAUAUUUUUUAAAGUCUCUGCAAAUUAUCAAACCUUAUAUAGAAACAGGUUAUCAUUUUUGUGGAUUGCGAAUUGAGCUGAAUGUCGAAGAAAUUGCCAUUGCCGAUAUAUUGGCAGAAUUUGUUCAAAGUCAUCCCAACUUGGAAAUCGGUUGUUAUCCUAUCGUUUCUUAUUCCAAUGUGAAAACCGUUUUAAUCUUAGAAGCACAUAACAGAGAAACACUCGAAAAGUGUUUUAUAGAACUGAAAGCACAGCUUCCUUCAGAUGCUAUUUUGGCAGAGAGAGGUUUAUGAAAAGGAUCCAAAUGUUGCUUUAGUAUAUAUAUAUAUAUAU